AUGCCCGCUGAAGCCAAGGCGAACGAAAAGUACCAGGCAGCGGCAGCUCAGCAGCCCGCCGCGGUCUGCAUCCUCAAGUCCCCCGUCGAUGCCAUCCACAUACUCGAAGCUGUCAGGCUGGGCAUUGUGCCCCGGGUCACACGGCGGCUCACGGGUCAUGAGCGCUCUCUGAUUCGUCCGGGGACAGUCUGGAUCUGGGAAGAAGAGGAGACCAAUAUGCGGCGCUGGACGGAUGGACGUCGAUGGGGCGCUUCUCGUGUUGGGAAUGGUGGAUUCUUGGUGUACAAUGAGUCUCUCCAGUCCCUGUCUCCCCCUCAUGCCGGGGGCGAUAUGCCCUAUGGCGAUCCUUAUUACCAGACCCCUCCUCGCCGGCCCGACAGCCUCGUCAAGCAGACCUACUCUACCAGCAUGACUCACCCCGUCACUGGCAAGGUCAAGAAGUUUCAUGUAGUGGCUUAUGCCAGCAAGCAUAAGCCGGGUGGUGAUGGUACGAACCCCCUUCCCCAGCCGCACCAGCUUCCUGCCCUCCGACACCUCCAGGUGCAGAGCGGGAUCUGGCCUGAAUGGGAGACGAGGAGAGAGGCCGACUUUACUCGACGCGCAGCUGCUGCGAAGCAAGCUCUGUACGCUGCCAGCAAUGGUGUCCCGUCGAACAAUCCUGCCACCGUCCCAGCUCCUCCUGCCCCUCAACAAUACCCGACUCAGCCAGUACCUCCCACUGCUUAUCCUCCGGUGUAUCCGCAGGAUGCGUACCACAGACCCAUGGCUUCCCCCGGCUACCACCAGCAGUACAUGCCUUCUCCAAACGUGGUCCCUUUAGAAGGCGGGAUGUACCCCCCAGCUGGCAAGUUCACUCAGCCAUAUCAAUCCCCUCGCAAAGAGCCAACCGAACUUUUUAAUGCAGGAUACCCACCUUCUCGAGCCGUCUCACAAAUCCCCACCCCGAAUGCGCGAGAGGCCGCGGCCCGCUAUCACCCUUACGGCGCGCCGCCCCAUCGAUCCACUGAUCGCAGGGUCAGCCCUUACCCUCCCCAAGCGCCCCCACCUCGAUCGACUACUCCUGUGGGUGAAUACCCCAGAGAGGCAGAUGGUUAUGGCCCGGCCUCGUGGGCCAAUGCUCCUAGAGUGUCGCCUACUCAGUCAUACUCUUCCUACAACUAUCCUCGGCCCGGAGAGGCAAGCAGACCAAGGCACUUUUACGAGCCUCAAGUGGCCCCUCCUUACAAUGAGCACGUCAAAUCCGAGUAUGGUGUCGACCCUGCCUACGGCAAUGACCCCAGGCGAUAUGCAUAUGAAGAGGCCGAGGUGCCCCGCCGUGGUCCUACGCCUUAUCAGCAAAGUCCCUCGUCAUACGGCCAGCCUGUGCCCAGCACGGAGGACCUUGGGCAGUACCCUCCCUAUGGUGCCCCAAGGUCGCCGAGGGCUUCCAGCAGCCAGGGAUACAGCGCUUCUGGUGUCACCCUUCCACCUUUAAGAGCGGCGUUUGGCGAGGAGAGUGGGCACAACUCUGCCAAGGUUAGCUCGGAAAACAGGAGAGAGGAGAGCGAGAGGCAGAGCCAGAGCCCCACGGAGGUUGGCGCCAAGCCUCAGCAGAGGAACGGAUGGGGAGAAGAUGCCAGGCAGCUGGGUGAGCUGGGAAGGAGGAUGGUGUUGUAA